AUGGAAACCAAAUUCCAGUUCCAACAACCAUUGUUGAUAAUUUUAUUAAUUUUAAUAGCACGUAUUCAAUGUAUUUCAAUUGACACGAAUCUGCUAAGAACUCAAGCCAAGAAUCUAAUUGAUGCUUACGAAUCCAAACCGACAGAUGCAAUUCUUUUUUGGAAUGCCGUUUUGCUGAACGCUGCUGCUAAUGAUUAUGAUAACUCGAUAGCCGAUUCACCUGAUCAAGCUGGUCCAACAACAACUUCACGAGCAUUUGCUAUUAUACACGGUGCUAUGUACGAAGCAAUGAAUGGUUUUGAGAGAAUCUAUAUAUCAAUGUAUCGUCCUAGCAGUAUGCCAGCAACAUAUGAUGUUCCACGUGCUCCAGCUGUUGAAGCCGCCAUUACUGAAGCCGCUUACCAAACAUUGUAUGCAUUAUAUCCAAAACAGAGAGAACUUUUUACUCAAACUCGGAAUAAUUUUAUUAAAUUGGUCAGAGGUGAUUCAUCAGAUAAUGCUGGCAUAAAUAAAGGUAUUCUUGUUGGAAAGUUAUUAGCGUUAACAAUUUUAGAAAGUCGAAGUUCUGAUAACAGUCAAAAUCAGGGAACAUACAAACUAAUCAAUCAAACAGGUUACCAUCAACCAGAUCCUACACAUCCAGAUCAACCAUUUCUUAGUCCACGCUGGGGUACAGUCACCCCUUUCGUCAUUCAAUCUGGAUCACAAUUUCGUGCUUCCAAUACUGUUGGCAAUACUUUGGCAGGUCGUCGUCAAUUUCUGAGAUCGGAAAAAUAUAUUAGUGACUAUAAUGAAGUUGUAUCUCUUGGAACUCGUAACAGUCAAACUCGAACCGCCGAUCAAACCGAAGUCGGUAUUUUCUGGGGUUAUGAUGGUGCACCCAAACUAGGUGUUCCUCCAAGACUAUACAAUCAAGUUGUUCGCGUCAUUGCCAUUAAAAAAAAUAAUACAUUGCAACAGAAUGCACAGCUAUUUGCUUUCGUCAAUUAUGCAAUGGCUGAUGCAGGCAUUUCGGCAUGGGAAACUAAAUAUUAUUAUGAAUUAUGGAGACCAAUUCUGGGUGUUCGCCAAGGCUCACCAACAACUCGUGCCAUACCCAAUUGGUUACCACUUGGAGCACCAGCAGAUGGUGGUGGCGAUAAUUUUACACCACCAUUUCCAAGUUACGUUUCUGGACAUUCAACAUUUGGUUCAGCAGCGUUUGAGAUGCUUCGAUUAUUCUAUGGUACCGAUCAGUUUCAAUUUCAGUUUCAAUCCGAUGAAUACAAUGGAGCCACCAAAGAUUCAAUAACCGGCCGUGUUCGACCAAACCGUACACGAUCCUAUGAAAGAUUUUCACAAGCUGAAGAAGAAAAUUUUCUCAGUCGAAUUUACUUGGGUGUUCAUUGGCGUAUUGAUCAAGAAGAAGGUAGAACAAUGGGAAGAAAAAUAGCAAAAUAUAUUUAUGACAAAUUGACUUAA